GAUGACGGGUGUGACAGCGUGCAGAUCUUUUCUGAGCCGCAAUGUUUACGGAUUGUUGUGUCAGGCUUAUACAGUGUCAGAAGGGAGGUCACUCUUACAGAAACGAUGUAUCCCAGCAAUGGCAGCUGGCGUCUGGCAUCGGAACAGCUCAACAUUAUCAGGGAAGCCAAAGACGGGGAUCAUGAUGCUGAACCUGGGUGGCCCAGAAACUAUGGAGAAGGUUCAUGACUUCUUGCUGAGAAUCUUCAUGGACCGGGACCUCAUACAGCUGCCUGUACAGAGCAAGCUGGCCCCCUUGAUUGCUAAAAGGAGAACCCCGAGCUUGCAGAACCAGUACCGCGAAAUCGGCGGAGGGUCCCCCAUGAAAAAAUGGACAGAGCUUCAAGGUCAAGGAAUGGUAGAAAUCCUGGAUAAAAUCAGUCCUGCCACGGCGCCACACAAGUAUUACAUCGGAUUCCGUUAUGCUGAUCCACUGACUGAGGACACAGUUGAGCAGAUGGAGAGUGAUGGGAUUGAAAGGGCAGUAGCAUUCACUCAGGACCCACAAUACUGCUGUUCAACAACUGGAAAUAGCCUGAAGGCCAUCUAUCGUUACUACAGCAAGCGAGGCGUGCCCAGUAACAUGAUCUGGAGCGUGAUUGACAGGUGGCCUACCCACCCAGGCUUAGUACAGACAUUUGCAGAAAACAUCCAGGCUGAGUUAGAGAAGUUCCCAGAAGAGGACCGUGAUGAUGUUGUCAUUCUCUUCUCAGCCCAUUCCCUGCCUUUACAGCUUGUAAAUCGGGGUGACCCGUACCCUUAUGAAGUGGGAGCCACGGUCAACAGGGUAAUGGAGAAGCUGGGACACAGCCACCCCUAUCGACUUGUCUGGCAGUCUAAGGUUGGCCGGUUGCCGUGGCUGAGUCCCUACACAGACGAAGCUAUCAAAGGUCUGGCGGCACGAGGAAAGAAAAACCUGCUCCUAGUGCCAAUUACCUUCACCAGCGACCAGAUUGAGACACUGUUUGUGAUGGACUUGGAGUUUGCGCAGAAUCUGGCCACAGAGGUUGGAGUGAAGAACAUAAGAAGAGCAGCAUCACUGAAUGGAAGUCAAACUUUCAUUAAGGCUCUGGCCGACAUUGUCAAGACUCACCUGGACACUAAUGUGGCCUGUCCUAAACAGCUGUCCCUCAGAUGUCCUAUGUGUGUCAACCAGGUGUGUGCACAGACCAAAGACUUCUUCGCAGAACAACAACCACUGCUUGACAACCUCAGGGAGCGCUCUGCAUCAGCACUAAAAACCGCCAAGGGAACUGCGUGAACGUGAAUCUCCA